GGAUCGUGGAUGACGUGGCGCGCUGCGCUGCGGCUGCCCGUGGGGACGGCGGCAAAGCCGUCCACACUUCACACCCAGGGCGUGGCGGCGUGUGAAAUGGUGAAUUCGGAGCGCCGAGGAGGUUGGCGAGGCGUCAGAGAGACGACGAGAAGCCCGACGGCCGCCGUGCAGCGAGCCAGUCUGGCCUCUGGCUGCUCCGGGCCGGGCCCUGUCAGCGCGCGGGGGGCGUCCCCACCGGCCCGGGUCUCGCCUUCCCACGCCACGUUGACCAGCCAGCACGUACGCGUUUCCUUUGAUGCACUUGCGUCGCGUCACACCUGGGAGCCGGGAGGAGAGGGUGGGUGCUGCUGCCGCGGCUGGGCCUGGGCGGGCGCUCGGUGGGACGAGGACGACGAAGAGAGCUCGUCGUCGAGCGCGGCUGGAACGCGGCGUCUCCGCCGAAGCGGCGGCAAGAGCGCGGGGCCACAAGCCCACAACCGCCGCUGGCUGCAUCCCUGAGCACCGCGAGCUUAGGACGGAGAGCUUCCUCGGCCGCGGCAGCAAGGGGGGAAGGAACAUUAGUGCGAGCAUGCAGAGCCAGGCCCCUGGGCGCGAACCGGGGCGAGCUCCGGCGAAACGGAAGCAGCGAAGGCCGGCCGGCCACGACGACGAAACCGACGACGACGAGCGGAGGAGGAAGACGCCGCUCCGCGGCCUGCUGCGGGACUUCUUGGAGCAGCAGCUCCGCCUGGAGGUGCAGCGGCACGAGAUGAUGGAGAGGCAGGCGCGGGAGCGGCUCUUCUUCGAGGAGCAGUGGCGGCAGUCGAUGCAGCGGAUGGAGCGGGAGCGGCUGGUGCUGGAGCGGGUGUGGAUGGAGCGCGAGGAGCAGAGGAGGAUGAAGGAGGAGGCCAGGGCCGAGAGGAGGGAUCAGCUUCUCACUAGCCUGCUGACCAGCCUCUUGCAUGGAGAUCUGUAGGGUAGGUAGGUAGUUGGCUAGGAUUAGCACAGGUUGUAGUAGUUGGCUAGGAUUGUUUUGUUCAUUCAUCUUUGCAUGAAAAAUAAUUCUGGAAGAGUGCAGGUGAAUGUGAAUCAGUACAAUUGUUAUUUGUUAAGAUCUUAGGGAACCAAGUAGUGGUAUUAGUGGUAUGGUAAAUAUGCUGUCAUCCAGAGGUUUUCUAAAAAUGAUGUAUUUCUCAGGGCGGAUCCAGCGGUGGGUCAGUAGGGCUUAAGCCUCCCCUACCGCCACCGGAGCCCUGGAGCCCCCUGGAGCCCCUCCAUGAA